CUGCCGCCUGUGGGGCUGUGACACUGGGACCGGGACUUGGCCGGGCUUAGCCCUGGGCUUCCAGCGCCGGUGGGAGCUUGCCAUGAGCGCCCCCUCCUUCCUGCCUGCUGCCCGCCCUCCCCUCCUCAUGCAAAAGGUUGCUCAAGGCGACUCAAGGAUUUGGGGUCUGCCUGGUCACGUAGCCGGGAGUGCUUUUUAGCUGAGCACCUCGCCAGAGUUCCUGCAGAGCUCACAGAGCCUCGGGAAGCAGCAGGGAGGAGGCUGCGGGAUCCUGGCUACACCGAGCCCAGCACCUUGCUGCCUGGCCCUGCACCAUGAAGAUCCUGCUCUGUGACUUCCUGCUGCUCAGCCUCCUCGCCAGCGUCUUCAGCAGCUGUCCCAGGGACUGCCUCACCUGCCAGGCGAGGCUGCACACAGCUGCAAACAGCUUCAACCUGGAGCUGUGCAUCCUUCAGUGUGAGGAGAAGGUGUUCCCCAGCUCUCGCUGGACUCUGUGCACCAAGGUCAUGGCCAGGGGUUCCUGGCAGCUCAGUCCUGCUGGCCCCGAACACGUGGUGGCCGCUCUUUAUCAGCCAAGAGCCGCAGAGAUGCAGCAUCUGAAGCGAAUACCCCGCGUCCAGAGCCCAUUCCAGGCACAGGAAGAGACAGAGCCAGGCACGGAGGAGGCUGGUGAUAUGGAGCAGAAACAGCUGCAGAAGAGGUUUGGGGGCUUCACAGGGGCCCGGAAGUCGGCUCGGAAGUUGGCCAACCAGAAGCGGUUCAGUGAGUUUAUGAGGCACUACUUGGUCCUGAGCAUGCAGUCAAGCCAGCGCCGGCGCACCCUGCAGCAGAAUGGUAAUGUGUAGCCGGAAGGGGCGCUCCUCCCAGCUGCACCGCCACUGCAACCCAUGAGCGCCCUGGUGAUCCCCAAAACAGCAUGUGUCCAGCCCCAAACCUGCCGACUGGGAAUCAGGAUUCCUUCCUCCCCAAGGCACUGACAGCCUGCAGGCCCUGCGGGCACGGCCUCUGGCACCUCCCUUCCGGUUGUCUCUCCCGCCUGGCAUGAUCCCCCACAACCCUGUUGCUACAUCAGAGUGUAUUUUUGUAAUUCCUCCAGCUAACAUUUUAAUGCCCCCUUCUUUCCUUCUCACCCAGCUCCUUUCUCUUCUGGGGUCGGGUGAAAGGAAAAUGAAAUCAAGCCUGGGGUUUCAACUUGUCACUGCCAUAACUCGUUUGUAAAACAGCUGUUCUUUUUGACUGAUUGUUUGAAAUGAGUAUUUCCCCAUUAAACUUCUACUGAGCAAAUGGUUAAUAAA